AUGGGAAACUCCAGGAGCAGCGCGCUCUCCAGAGACGUCCUCCAGGAGCUGCAGACCAGCACCACAUACAGCCAGGAGCAGCUCUUCUCCUGGUACCAGAAGUUCCUGAACGAGUGUCCGACGGGCCGCAUCAGCAGAGAGCAGUUCCAGAGCAUCUACGCCAGCUUCUUCCCAGACGCAGACCCCGGGGCAUACGCCCAGCACGUCUUCAGGAGCUUCGACGCAGACAGUGACGGCACGCUGGACUUCAAGGAGUACAUAGUGGCGCUGCACCUCACUUCCUCCGGCAAGACUGUGGAAAAGCUGGAGUGGGCCUUCGCACUCUAUGAUGUGGACCGGAACGGCAGCAUCACCAAAAACGAGAUCCACGAGAUCGUCAAGUCAAUAUUCAACAUGAUCUCCAAAGAAGACCAGAAAAACCUUCCUGACGACGAGAACACGCCAGAAAAACGAACUGACAAAAUAUGGGACUUUUUUGGGAAAAAAGAAAAUGGUAAAAUAACGGAGGGCGAGUUCAUUCAGGGAGUGAUGGACAACAAACACAUCCUCCGUCUCAUUCAGUUCGACAAACCACAGAAAGUGCAAGAAAAACUCAAAGAGAAGACACAGUGA